GCAGAAUCGACGUCUCUGUGUGUUUAAAAUAUGGUCUUUUACGCCUUUCCUGAAAUAUUAUUAGUCUGUAAAGAAAGAGGAAUAAGGUGGAAUAUAAAGAGUCAAGUGUAACAGCUGAAGUCCAUUGACUAACUAUUACAAAAAUGAUGUCAAUUAAAGAGGAGAAAGAAGACUUGAGUUAUCCAGAGACAUGGAUAAUAAAACGUGAAGAUACAGAGGAACAAAGAGAUAUGUUGGAAGUGAAAGAGGAAAGUCAAGAACUGAAUGACGUGGAGGAGAAACAUCAGUGUAAUAAAUCUGAUCAUUUAAUAACUGAAAAACAUUUCACACAGAAUAAAACUCGAAGAACAAAAGACAGAUUUUUUUUCACAUGCCCUCAAUGUGGAAAGAAUUUUGCACAAAAACAAGGUCUUGUGAGGCACCUGAGAAUUCACACCGGAGAGAAGCCUUUCAGUUGCACUCAGUGUGGAAAGAGUUUCUCCCAAGAAGAAAACCUGACGAGGCACCUACGAUUUCACUUCGGAGAAAAACCUUUCACAUGUCAUCAGUGUGGAAAGGGUUUUUUACAUAAAGGAAACCUUAAAAGUCACAUGUUAAUUCACACUGGAGAGAAGUCUUUCACAUGUCUUCAGUGUGGAAAGAGUUUCUUACAUAAAGGAAACCUUAAGAGUCACAUGUUAAUUCACACUGGAGAGAAGCCUUUCACAUGCCCUCAGUGUGGAAAGAGUUUUUUACAUAAAGGAAACCUUAAGAGUCACAUGUUACUUCACACUGGAGAGAAGCCAUUUACAUGCCCUCAGUGUGGAAAGAGUUUUGCACAAAAACGAGGUCUUGUGAGGCACCUGAGAAUUCACACUGGAGAGAAGCCUUUCAGUUGCACUCAGUGUGGAAAGAGUUUCUCUCAAGAAGGAAACCUGACGAGGCACCUACGAUUUCACUUCGGAGAAAAACCUUUCACAUGUCAUCAGUGUGGAAAGGGUUUUUUACAUAAAGGAAACCUUAAGAGUCACAUGUUAAUUCACACUGGAGAGAAGCCUUUCACAUGCCCUCAGUGUGGAAAGAGUUUUUUACAUAAAGGAAACCUUAAGAGUCACAUGUUACUUCACACUGGAGAGAAGCCAUUUACAUGCCCUCAGUGUGGAAAGAGUUUUGCACAAAAACGAGGUCUUGUGAGGCACGAGAGAAUUCACACCGGAGAGAAGCCUUUCAGUUGCACUCAGUGUGGAAAGAGUUUCUCUCAAGAAGGAAACCUGACGAGGCACCUAAGACUUCACUUUGGAGAAAAACCUUUCACAUGUCAUCAGUGUGGAAAGGGUUUUUUACAUAAAGGAAACCUUAAAAGUCACAUGUUAAUUCACACCGAAGAGAAGCCAUUCACAUGUCGUCAGUGUGGAAAGAGUUUUGCAAUAAAACGAGGUCUUGAGAGGCAUCUAAAAAUUCACACUGGAGAGAAGCCUUUCACAUGUCUUCAGUGUGGAAAGAGUUUCUUACAUAAAGGAAACCUUAAGAGUCACAUGUUAAUUCACACUGGAGAGAAGCCUUUUGCAUGCCUUCAAUGUGGAAAGAGAUUCACACAAGAAGGAAACCUUAAGACUCACCUACGAAAUCACUUACGAGAGCAGCCUUUUGCACGUCUUCAAUGUGGAAAGAGUUUUUUACAUAAAGGAAACCUUAAGAAUCACAUGAUGCUUCACACCGGAGAGAAGCCUUUCACAUGCCUUCAGUGCGAAAAGAGUUUCUUAUAUAAAAGAAACCUUAAGACUCACAUGAAAAUCCACUAUGUAGAGAAGCCCUUCGUUUGCCCUCAAUGUGGAAAAAGUUUUGCAAUAAAGCAAAAUCUUGUGAGGCACCAGAGAAUUCACACUGAAGAGAUGCCUUUCCCGUGCACUCAGUGUGGAAAGAGUUUCAAACAAGAAGAACAUCUACAGAGGCACCUAAAACUUCACACACUAUGGACUACAUCUUACCACAAUUCUCACCUGAAGUUUGAUUCAGAUGGCAUGAUUUUUUUUAGUGGCCAGUUCCUGCCUCACGCAGGCAAGGAGGAUUUCCGCCACAGAGACCAGUACCCCGAGUGUGGGAGGCGACAACUUCACCUGCCCGAUGCCCCGGUGGGGGCACCUGCCGACGCAAGUGCGGGCGUAGCACCUGGGCCAGCGUGCUGGAGGUGCAGAUACCCAGGCCACUUCUGGGAUCAGUGCCCUCUGAUGGAGCUGGGGAUGGUGGUACGGGUCUCCGACAUCCCGCAGGCUGUCACUGACCAGGCCGGAGCGUACCGGAUACCGUCACUUGACUCCACCCCGCCCAGUCAGCGGCAUUGGAGAAACAUUGAGGCGAAUUCAAACACCGAGUCAACUAAGCAACAGGAGCAGCUUAUACCAAAGAAAAACGCAGUGUCUGUCGUUUGGACACAUUUUGGCUUCAUUAAAGAAGACACCGAACAAAAUGAAGUCAACUGUAAACACUGCAGAAAAACCGUUUCAACGACCAAUGAUAUGUUGGAAGUGAAAGAGGAAAGUCAAGAACUGAAUGACGUGGAGGAGAAACAUCAGUGUAAUAAAUCUGAUCCUUUCAUAACUGGUGAAAAAUCUUCUAGUUGCUCACGAACAGAAAAUGUCUUAACGCAGAUAAAAAGUCGAAGAACAAAAUACAGAUUUUUUUUCACAUGCCCUCAAUGUGGAAAGAGUUUUGCACAAAAACGAGGUCUUGUGAGGCACCUGAGAAUUCACACCGGAGAGAAGCCUUUCAGUUGCACUCAGUGUGAAAAGAGUUUCUCUCAAGAAGGAAACCUUAAGAGUCACCUAAGACUUCACUUUGGAGAGAAGCCUUUCACAUGCCCUCAGUGUGAAAAGAGUUUUUUACAUAAAGGAAACCUAAAGAAUCACGUGAUGCUCCACACUGGAGAGAAGCCUUUCACGUGCAUUCAGUGUGGAAAGAGUUUUGCAAUAAAACGAAAUCUUGAGAGGCACCUAAAAAUUCACACUGGAGAGAAGCCUUUCACUUGUCUUCAGUGUGGAAAGAGUUUCUUACAUAAAGGAAACCUUAAGAGUCACAUGUUAAUUCACACUGGAGAGAAGCCUUUUGCAUGCCCUCAAUGUGGAAAGAGAUUCACACAAGAAGGAAACCUUAAGACUCAUCUACGACAUCACUUCGGAGAAAAGAAUUUCACUUGUCUUCAAUGUGGAAAGAGUUUUUUACAUAAAGGAAAUCUAAAGAAUCACAUGAUGCUUCACACCGGAGAGAAGCCUUUCACAUGCCUGCAGUGUGGAAAAAGUUUUGCAAUAAAGCGAAAUCUUGUGAGGCACCAGAGAAUUCACACUGAAGAGAUGCCUUUCCCGUGCACUCAGUGUGGAAAGAGUUUCAAACAAGAAGAACAUCUACAGAGGCACCUAAAACUUCACACACUGUUAUCUCUGAUGUUGUUUUAACCCAAAUAAAUUAGGUACAAUAAGCAUAAAUCCUAACAUAUGUUUUGGCUUAGAUGGAUACUUUGAAUGCUGUCUUUCAUUCAACUGCAAUUUUUUUGAAACUUGUUUUAGGUCAUUCUCAUUGAAUCACUUUGUAUACUUGUUGAAUUAACAAGCGUAUUUGCCAAAUCAACUGAAAAACAUAUGUUGAAUCAACUAAAAUCUGUGUCAGUUAACUGCAUCAUUUGUAACAAAAUCUUUGAUACUAAGAAAUGUAAAUUACUUUGAAUCUAAACGCAUGUUUGACAAACAGUAUCGCCCUAAAUGUUGAACCAUCUAGCUUAACAAAUUUGUCUAAACAAACUAUUUAUUGUUUUUCUGAUUUGCCUGAUCCCAUCAUGCACAGUGGUAUGAAUACAUUUUUGUGGUUAGUCUUAUUGUUACAGACUUUAUCUGUGCAGUUUUUGUCAUCACUGUUAGUUAAUAGUUGUGUAAUAAUGUUCAGAGCUCAUCAUUUUACUUCAUGAUGUUUGUUGAUUGUCACCAUUACUUUGGUGUGUGUCAAGUGAUGAGGUCUAUGUGCAUCCAUCGAUAUUAUCACAUACUGUUUGCUUUGCAGUUUGCUAAAGCCUUAAAAGGCAAAUAGUGUAUAGUGUUCUUUGCAUAAAGUAA